AUGGCUGGCAUCGGUCAUUGCGAGGAGGUGCAGAUCAUCAUGUUGGUCUUUGCGGAAAGUGAUGCCUUGUUGUUUUGUGCCUUCCAGGUACUUGAGUAUGUGCUUGACGGCAUUCCAGUGUGCUGGCCCUGGAUUUUGGCUGUGCAUUGCGACUUCUUUCGUCGCAUACGCAAUGUCGGGUCUCAAGCAUUGUCGACAGAUACAUCAGAUUGCCAACUGCAUUUCGGUAAGGUACGUUGGUCAUCGCAGCUUUUUCUCUGUCUGUCCUUGGCUGCAUGGAGCUCCUGAGUUUGAUGCUUGUUCUGGCAGGUGUGUCAGUCGCAUUGGCUUGAUCGAUGUGGUAUUUUGAGAGUAUCUGACUGACAUACUCACUCUGCGACAGGUUCAGUGUGCCAGCGACCAUGUCUCGCCAUUCCGAUGAAGCGCUUUGCGAAACCAAGGUCUUUGAUUUCAAACUUCUCUUUCAUUAUUGCUUUGAACCAACUUGCCGAUUCAUCGUGCCCUUUUGCAGGUGCAUAGAGGAUGUCAUCGACAAUCACGCCAACCCAGAGUUGCUUCUCGUCAUGGAAGUAGAGACAGGGAUCAACCUUUGA